ACAUUCAGAAUAUGUGAAGUUUUUUUGUCCAGGCUAUUAAUGCUUCUGCCCACUUAAAUAUAUUGGAGUGUUUUUUCUUCGGAUUGUUACCAGACAACUACACACCUAUGUGUAGGUAUAUAUAUACACAUGUGUAGGCAUGUGUCGGUGCUGAUGUACUUUAUACACAGGAACUUAAGUACUGCUAGUGUCUGAUCUGGCCAGGAGCUCCUCUCUGAUCAAGUGUUAUAUACUAUAAAAACACCUCUACCUUGACUAAAAUUCCUGUCUGUUGGAGUAAAACGUGGACAUUAAUGCUGGGAAGUGUCUGUUUUUAGUUGAAGUGUAUGUACUAGAUGUGAUUCACAAGCAUUUUCACCCAGUCAUGCUUUCCUCACAUGGCUGCCGCUAACAGCUGAUCCAAAGGCUAAAAAUAGCGCUCCAGUGGAAGUGGCCCAGCUGAUCUGAAGGUCAGGUGAUCUGUCUGUAUCUUAUAUGAGGUAGCUGUGAUGAUGACGUAGACGAGAUCAUGGAGACACUAUAACACUAUACUGUGCCACUGUGUAAUGUCUAUGAAGGAAGGAGUUGUGGAUUAGCAGAGUUCAUUAAUGCAGACAGUGGAAGAAAAUCCUGCAGGUACGAAACCAGCUAUGUCAGCCAAAUGCGGUGUGCGAGCGCCUACCUGUAAGGUUUGCGGGGACGAGUCGUCGGGGUAUCACUAUGGCGUCGAUUCCUGCGAGGGGUGCAAGGGUUUUUUCCGUCGCUGCAUUACACAAGGGAUGACCCAUAAGUGCUCAAAUGAUGAGAAAUGUGAGAUAACGCCUUUUACACGGAACAGCUGUCAGUACUGCCGUCUGAAAAAAUGCUUCUCAGUGGGCAUGUCCAGAGAAGCUUCAAGAUUGGGACGGCGACCAAAGCGUUUGAAAGACUCCAGUGGAGACACAAAAUCCCAAGGUUCUGGGAACCUUCCAGCCAUUGCUCCUUAUCCCCCUACUCCGUCCGAUCUGUACAAAUUGAAAAUGGCUGAGUUACAGACUCUGCUUCAACAGAAUGGCACAUUUAAGUCAGAGUUGAUGCAGGCCUUCUUGUCUGCAGCCCAGGCAAGCUUCAAGGAGCACCAACGCAACCCUUCAGCAAAUGACAACGAGGACAGCAAGAGCAAGGCUAGACCCCAAGCUGGAGGGGAAUCUGGCUACUCCAGUUUCAGCAGCCCAGGGAGUAGCAAGAGCCAUUCCCCCAUUGGCGAGUUAAACAACUCCUCGGGAGAUAUGUCAUUCAACAACAACCCUGAAAUGGCACUCGACAACAAGAACGACAUUGACUUGACAGACAUCAAUCUUGUUGAUGAAAAUAUGUUAUCAGAACUUGAGAACGCAGGCAAUUUCAAUGCAUUGAGUAUCAAGUCUGAACCUUCCAAUCAGUCGUGUAGUGGUAUGGCGAACACUGUCAGCCCGUCUCAUGAUGGAGCAAACUUUACGUCAUUGGGUUCGGAUACAAAUCUAAAUAUGGAUGUUAUGCCUCAAUUUCCCAGCAUAGAUUCCUUCCCACCUUACAUGUCUAAGGUGUUGCAAAAUACUGACAGUGAUGUUGACAUGGACCGCAUAAUGUCUAACGUCACUCCGACGCCUUCCGAGUUGAGGAAAGUACUAAUUCAGCAGGUUACCGAGAGCAUUUAUGCUGCUCACAUGGAUACGUGUAAGCCGACCAACGAGGCAGUAAGGGAAGCUAAUGCACGCAUCUCAAAUUGUAAAACGGCUAUGCCUGACCUCAGUAAACUGUCCCUGAACCCAGACAUGAUGUGGAAACAGUUCCUCCAGAACAUGGUUCCAGAGAUCACACAGGCAGUUAAAUUUUGUAAAAGAAUUCCAGGUUUCGGUGAGAUUGGUCAAGACGAUCAGAUUCUGCUGAUAAAGCAGGGUUCAUUUGAGAUACUGGCCUGUCGAAUGUGUAACCUCGUGGAUGUGGAUUCGCAAGAGAUGUUUGACCCAGAUAUGCAAAUGAAGUGUCCAAGGAAAGUGAUACAAUCAAUGCCAAUGGGAAGUUUCAUGGACGAGUUUUUCAUCGUGGCUGGAGAGUUGAACCCCAUGAAGUUAACGGAUGUAGAAACUGCACUUUUUUCCACGAUUUUGAUCAUUUGUCCUCAUCGCCUGAACCUGAAGAACGCUAAAGCUAUCGACAAACUACAAACACUGCUGCUCCAGUGCCUUUACCAGUUAAUGCUGAGUUCGCACACAGAGAAUGUGAACCAGAUGUUCAUGAAGACAAUAUCACUCGUACCAUUCUUUAGGAGACUAAACAACAAGCAUUCCGAGGUUCUCAACAGCAUGAAACUACAGGGCAUGGAACAGCAGAAGGACUUCCCGCCUCUGCAUCAGGAAGUUUUGAUGGCAAUUACUCGACAGACUAAUUCCUUGAAUCCCUAGAUCACAUAUAUUGUCACUAGUGCUCUUGACUAUGAUUUAGCAGUGUACGGUCACCUUAAUGACGGAUUCACAUUGUGCUCAACUUGACCACACAAUGGUAGCACUAGACAAAAUAGACUACCAAUGUUAAUGUCUUGUCCUGUGGUUAAUUGGUGCAGAAAUCACAGAUAAGGAUAGAUGCCUACUUGACUAGAGAGUUUCAGAGUAAACAACUUGACUACAUGGAAACGGCGUUGGAACGCUUCAUUGUUUCUGCUGUCACACCCAUGUUUGGGUCACCAGUCUCUAUACAAUGCCCUGACCGCUUUCACUUCUACUGAGCUCUGUGAGGAAAUAAUGUUUGAAGUAAUCUUUGUUUUUCUAGUGAUUUUUGUGUUGGAAUACUUACUGAACUGAAAUAAGAUGCUUCACAGCAAAAGAAUAAAAAAUAAAUGGUACACAGUGGUUUUCCCCUACUGGAGCAUACGUAGCUUCAUACUUGUCUGUAACACAUGUAUUGUUGGUGAUGAAUAUUGGACAGAAAUUGUUAAAGAAGAUUUAUCAUGUGUACCCACAUCUAAUGAUGUAUCUUUCUACAGAAAAUCAUGCCCGGUGGAUAAAGUAGACUAAUGACAUUCUGUGGAUUCCGUGCUAAAUGUUCUGAAAAUGUAAAGAAGGGUGGAGUGUCCGCAACAGAAAAUGUUUUAAAGAUGUGUACCGGACUCAAAUCCACAGUGUGAAUGAGGAUUUGGAGCUCAGGACUGUAUACCUAAGUGUAUUGAAAUAUUAGGCUGUGGCCUCUAUUCAUGUACAAGACAUAACUACACUGCUUUACCUCUGGGGGUAGGGUAGUGUUUGGAUGACGUCCCUAUUGAGAAAUGAUAGUGCUAUUAUAUAUAGUGCUAAUAAAGAAUUAUAUUGUGUGAAAUGCCCUCAAAACCGUGCGGGACAUGAUCAGUGAGCUAAUUAUAGAAUCUGGUUGGGAUUUUCUCUAUAAAGAAUUAGGAUUGAUUUGAGGUAAAUAUAUUAAAGAAAAUUUAAUGACCGGUUAAAAAGCUACAUGUGAUCAUGACAGAUUUAAAAAAACUACAACAGUCUUCAGGAGAUUUAAGUUAUAUCAAUUAUAUGUUAAAGAAUUGCUUUUAUACUGCAAUAGAAUUUCAACAUGUAUACAGUCAUAUGAGAAAUAGAAUAUCAGACUUCUUGGCUAGGAUUUUAGUUAUACUGUAGCUGUAUUUCUUACAGAAGUAUAGAAUGAUGAUUAGUGCAACCAAAAAAAUGUUUUUAUUAGCCAGAAGAUUUCUCAAUUAUUUAAUUUACUAAAUAUUAAGUUGUGAUUAUCUUCUUUCAUGGACUAAGACACUACUCUCAAGUACCUUACAUAUACAGAUACAGUUAUUAUUAAGGAACUAUAUAUUCAUGACUAUAAUUGCCAGUUAUUAUUAAGGAACUGUUCAUGAUUAUAAUUGCUAGAAAUGAAAGAACAUUGCAGUUUUAAGCAGUCCUUGGUAUGGAUGGGGGAUUGUGAUCUUUUCUUUCGUAGCAUUCAUGUUAAAUUAUUUGCGAUCAAUAUUUUUUCAGAUGAUUCACGGUUUGACAUUUGAUAUGUGGUAGGUGUUAAUGAGUGCAGUUAUACCUGGACAACAUUUUAUCAAUCAAAAUUUAAUUGAAUACAUACAUAAAGUUUUGAUAAUAUUAAUGAGAGGAUAAAGAUUGUAUUAGGAAUCAAUGCAAAUAGAUUACAAAAGACUUGACCGUUUCCAAUUAAGUCUUAAAGGGACAAUUUAGUCAAGCAUGCUUUUUAUAAUUCAGACAGAAACGAUAAAACAUAUAUAUAUCCAUGCAGACAAAAACAUUUGCGGUCAAUAAUUAUCUCUACGUAGCCAAUGUCCAUUAUGGUCAGUUUAAGUUUUGGGAAAGCCCACGUCAAAUAUAGCUAUACUCCAACUAUAGUGCAACUUGUUGCGCCCUCUGGCGGGAACAGAGUUGGUUGUAAGUGACGACACGGUAGAUCCGACGUAUACUUAUUCCUUUGGAUUUCGAUUUAACAACAUGCGUGCACGUGGCAAACAGUUGUUACAUGUAUCAUAAUUGAUAGAUUCAAUAAUGAUUUAUUGUUUUGACAAUUCAAAUCGACCAAACACAUGUUUAUUCCAGGGUCACCGAACGGGAAUUUGUGUUCAUGUAAUUGUGUACACACAUGCAUGUAUACGGCCGAUACGUAUGCAGAAAAAGAUUGUAUUUCAUUUGUGUGCGAAUGCAAACAAACGCUAACACCAAUCUAGGUGAUUUAUUUCAUCCAUGAUGUAAUCAGAACAAUAAUUAUAACAAGUACGAAUGGAAUUAUGAUACUGAAAUUUGUUCAGAACAAAAAUAUCGCACCUCAACAUUACUCCGUAGGCCGAUCUAGGUCAAGUCUCGGCAAACUCGCUCGCAACUGUAUGAACUUCUUCAUUGUUGUCGCAACCGUUCGAAAAACUCACAUCUGUUAUAUUCAUGACCUAACAGUUAUUCUCCGUAUGUUUUGUUUAUCCAUUCACUGUCUACGUUUGGUACGAGACCCGCAACCUAUAGUUAAAAUAUCCGCUAACAGCUUCAAAUGCAAACCAAUGUUGUUUACAGUCACGAGACGGGGCUGUGCUUGCACACAUGUAUACAAAGUGUGUAGAGACGACUUGCUCAUUUGCAUAUAAAUCGUAAGGUUAUACGAUUAUGAUCCCCCUUACGAUUAAUUAAAAAACGCAGUGGAAAACAUAAACUUGUAUCAAUAUAUGACCAAGGAUAAUUCAUAAGGAGAACUGAAGUACACUUUCAUGAAAUAAUUUGUGAAAUGAUAAAAAGGUAAACAAACUUGACUAAAUUGUCCCUUUAAUAUGGUAGCAAAUCACUUGUAUGGUAGCAAAUCACUUGGUUGGAUAAAAGAAACAUUACCCAAGAAACACACACAACCUAAACGUCUGUGCACAAUGAUCCAUAAUGAAAAUUUUGUAAAGAUAUUUCAGGGUAUUUAACAAAAGAUAUGUUCAGAGAUAUAAGCUGAUGAACAGUUGGCCAUGGUAUAUGUUAACAUUUCUAUUCAUGGAAAGAAGUUCAAACCAGGUUGAAAUGUGAUCUGCCCCUUCUGUCAAGUAUGGCAGGGAACUACACAUUGUAACUCCCUGUUAAAUAAUGGCAUUCAUAAAAUGAAGAUUCACAAGAAAAAAAUGUAUGUUCCUAAUCUAGCUGUUAUGUCAUUUGGAAUCAGUAAUAGGCCUUUAGUGUUGAAAUGGGAAAUGGGUAGGGGUGGGGGUGGG